UGAGUCUGCAUCUGCAGAAUAAAGUGCAAAACAAGUGUGUGUACUGCAUUGUUGUUUGCAACUAACUUUUUUUACGCGUUUUUGACGUUUUUAUAGUAUAUAAAUUUCAUAAAAAUACUAACAUAUUAUUGUUCUAUGCAUAUCGUAACAAAUUUAAACAUAAUGAAGUUCAAUGAUACUUGAAUUGUAUUGUUUACUACCAUCGGAAUAAAUUCAUUAGUGGCCUUUGGGCCAACCUUGAAGGGUAUGGGAUCUUUGACUAGUAGACAAAAUGCUGGUGUCGAGGAAGUUGACGUUGUUUCCAAUCAUGCCUACAAAUACCCUCCUCGUUCCGGAAGUUAUUUUGGAAGUCAUUUUAUCAUGGGAGGAGAGAGAUUCGACACACCUCAGCCAGAAGCAUAUCUUUUUGGAGAGAAUACCGACUUGAACUUUUUAGGAAAUAGACCAACUCCAUUUCCAUAUCCACCACCCCAAGCAAAUGAUCCUACAAAGACACUUAAAAGCUUAGUAAACAUAAGAAAGGAGUCAUUGCGUUUAGUGAGAAAUCUUGAAAAAUCUCCAGUUGCACAGCAAACUGCAGUUAAAAACUGUAACGAAGGAAACAAAGAUAAAAAAUCGACUUAUUUUAACAUAGAGUUUACCUUUGAUUGCGAUGUAAGAUGCGCCAUCACUAUUUAUUACUUUUGCACAGAGGAAGUUACAGCCAAAGGAGUUGCGUACAUACCAAAGGAUCCUGUGAUGAACUCUGACACAUAUUACUAUAAAAAAGGAGCUAAUCAAUUGUUUAGCCAAACAUCACACGUAUUUGAUCCAUCCCAAUAUUCUGAUGAAGAGUUAUCCUACAAUACUGACAAAGAAAUAAUUCCUAUAGCAAUUCAUUGCGUUGCGGAAGAAGGAUCUGAUGAGCCCAAACAAUCUCACACGACUGUUGCUGUUGUAGAAAAACAUUCUGAUGGAUCUUAUGUAUUAAAAGCAUUGAAACAAAAAUUGUACGUUGAUGGAUUAUGUUACUUGCUCCAGGAGAUUUAUGGUAUAGAGAAUAAAAACACUGAUAACCCAAAGGGAAAUGAUGAAGAUGCAGAAGAUAAUGGGGCUGAGUGCGUCAUUUGCAUGUGCGACGUACGCGAUACAUUAAUCUUACCAUGUAGGCAUUUAUGCUUGUGCAAUGGGUGCGCCGAUUCGCUGAGGUAUCAAGCGAAUAACUGCCCGAUCUGUCGAGCCCCGUUUCGAGCCUUACUUCAAAUUAAAGCUCUCCAAAAAGCAACUGGCUCGAUAAUAACUAAUCCACCUCUCUCAGAGGAAAAUUAUGAAACGAUACCUGCGGGCUACGAAGCUGUUUCCUUGAUAGAAGCUUUAAAUGGACCCUACACUCCUAGGGCUACCAUUCUUCCUCCAGAAUCUCCAGAUACACCAGACACGGACACUGCAAGUGCUACCCAAGCUGCUGAGAUUCUUAAUCGAUCUAUUGAACGGACCGCGAUAUCGAAACAUUCACUAUCCAAAGAUGGUGACAUAAUACCAAGAACCAGCAGUGCGCCUUGUCCAACGCCAGAAUUUCGCAUGUCCGUUCUUUUGGCCAAAGGAGAGAAUUCCGGGUCACAAAAAGAUCUUCACAACCGUUCGCCGAUUCCUCGUAAUAAAUCGUGUAAUCAUGCACGUGAUAAGUCGAGUCUCAGAACGCGAGAUACUUUGAGACUUGUUAACGAGAAGCAACCUGCUGCAUCUUUGUAUGAGAACCAAAAUCAAGAUGAAGACAGCGAAGGCGAAAAGUUAUCCCCUCUUUUGGAUACAACGGCCAGCACCGAAGCUUUGGACAGGUCAACUCGAAAAAUAUGUGAAAUUGAUGUAGAUGACGAACUGACUAAUGGUGAAAAUGAAACUCAAAAUGAUAGCACUUGUCAUUCUCACUAAUUACUACUUUUGAUGUAGAGAUUUAAGUAUGUUUUUCUACAAAUAAAAGCAUACCAUGCUUUAACAACUUUGAAGCAAGUUUUAGAUUAGGAUUGUUUGGUAGUCAAUUGCUUGACUAUCCUACAUAUAUAUUUUUUAAAAAUUUGCAUAGCAUACAUAUUUUACUUUAUUCUUAAGUUAUUGUUAUUAACUCUUGCAAGAGGUAUUUUCGGUACAGUUUAUAAUUAUUAAAUUAUUGUAUUAUAUACUUGAGUAUUAACUUGCUUCUAUCUCAAUUAUCUGCCGUAUACAGACUUUUUUGAAUAACAUUUAUAAAAAUUCUAUUGUAUUCUUAAGUUGAUCAUGGUUGAGUGAUGGUUGUCAAAUUUUCAGUAUUUUCAUAAUUUACUAAAAAUUUUCAGUAUUUUCAUAAUUUACUAAAAAUUUGUAUGAACCAUAUGUAGAAAACUUUAUACAAUUUCUAAUUUUAUCUUGAUGCAUUAGAUUUGCUCCAUUUUUUUUAUUUCAGUAGCUAAA